GUGCAGCCCCCUGUGGGCUUCUGGGAUCCCUUGGGUCUCUCCGCUGAUGGUGACUUGGAAGUCUUCCAGCGCCGUCGCGAGGUUGAGCUGAAGCACGGCAGGAUCUCCAUGUUCGCCUGCAUGGGAUACAUCGUGCCUGAGUACUUCAAGUUCCCUGGAGAGCUCUCCCCCAAGCUUGGCCUCAAGUUCACUGACAUCCCAAACGGGUUGGCCGCUCUGACCAAGGUCCCAGGCCAGGGCUGGGCACAGAUCGUUGCCUUCUUGGGAACCUAUGAGCUUUUCAUCAACAAGCCAGUUGGUGAUGAGCCGGGCAACUAUGGCAAGGGCAACCUGGGCCUUGGCUUCUUUGGACCGGUGACCAAUCCGGAGGCACGCAAGAAGAAGCUGUCCGCUGAGUUGGCCAACGGCCGCUUGGCCAUGAUGGCGAUCAUUGGAAUGUUCUUCCAAGAUGGCCUCACCGGAUCCGCGUGGGGUGAUUGGGCUCUCUACACUGACUCCCCACUGCGCAGUGGAAAGAUGAGCCCCGGCUACAACACACUCCCCGAGUUCAACAAGCCAAAGACUGGCCA